AUGAAUGGCGAACAGGUCGAUGAAGAUGAGGACCAAGAUGAGGAUGAACAAGCAGACCAAGAAGAGGAAGAAGGGGAGGAAGAAGAGGAGGAGGAACAAGAUGAAGAAGAACAAGAAGAAGAAGAUAGAAUUGUAAAGAAGUUCAACUUGAGACCAAGGGAGACUAGACCAUUGCUCAAGAGAUUGUUCAGUGGUGAAGAGGAGGAAGAGGAACGUUACUAUCCCUCAUCAUAUCAAAGCAGGACACGCACAAGGGCCAGCAACGCAAGACAAGCAUCAUCCUCAAGGCGACCGAUCGUCCCCAAGCACGUCGAGGAGGAAGAGGAAGAAGAGGAAGAAGAGUAUCAACUAAAGACGAGAACAAGAUUGGUCAAACGACCUCGUUUCCUCAUCGAAGAGGAUGUGCAGGAGGUUAUUAGACGCACGCCUACCAAGCAAUAUCAACGCGAAAUACAUCAUCAGCAACAGCAGGAUCUUCAACCGACGAACCUUUACGCCCGUACAACAUCCUUCACAACACCCAUCACAAAGAGACAACAACAGUUGCUACAGCUGAAGCAACAGAAGGAAGAGGAGGAGGAAGAGGACCUCCAAAUGCAGCUGCAGCACCAGCACCAACAGCAGACAGGACAAUCCCCGCUCAAGACCAGGCGAUCACUCAAUCUGUCAGACGUCAACGUGUCAUCCUUCCUCACGGGAGGCAGACGUGGUGGCAACAGGUUUCAAAAGGAAGCGUCUACAAACAAGCAAUCAGCUGGUGACGGCACAGAGGAUGUGGAUGAUUGCGGCAAGGAGAAGACACAGGACAUUGACAUUGAGACAGGCGACAACAUUGAGGAGGCGAGAGCAUUGAAGGAGAAGCAGAUUGCCACGCGUGGCCAAUCACACAUCAAACCAAGCAUCAACAGCAGCAGUGUCACGAGACCCAAUCGUGCUCGUGGCAACAUCAGGACAUCAGAGAUGGAGCAACAUCUGCCGCCAAGCAACUCAAGACGCGUCAGGAUACCGACCAGUCGAUUCCAGAUAUCGGAUACACCGCGAUCAGCGACAGGAUCGCGCUCCAAACCAUUGAUGCCCACACGCGCCAACUGGAGGAUGGGCACAGGCGGUGGCGGCAAUGGACGCGAGGUCAACAGUGACUCUGAGUCGGACACCGAGCCCGGCUGGAAGAAGCGACGCGGCAUCACAGGACCGCUCCCCAUCAAUCUGAACGAGGGCAGCGGCCAGGAGCAGCAACAGCCUGGCGACACUGAGCCUGUCUCGAUCGACAGCUCAGUGACCUUCCACUCGGUGGGCGGUCUGGACGGCCAUAUCCGUCUGUUAAAGGAGAUGUUGGUGCUCCCGCUCGUCUACCCCGAGGUGUUCUCAAAGUUCAAGAUCCAGCCGCCCAAGGGCGUGCUGUUCUACGGCCCACCAGGCACGGGCAAGACGCUACUGGCACGCGCAUUGGUCAACGAAUGCAAUCUCAUUGGCAAACAGGGUCAGAAGGUGUCAUUCUUCAUGCGCAAGGGAGCAGACUGUCUGAGCAAAUGGGUGGGCGAGGCCGAGCGCCAACUGCGCAUGCUCUUUGAGCAGGCCAAGUCGAUGCAGCCAUCCAUCAUUUUCUUUGAUGAGAUCGACGGUCUGGCGCCUGUACGCUCGAGCAGACAGGACCACAUACACAGCAGCAUGGUGUCCACGCUACUCGCACUCAUGGACGGCCUGGACAAUCGUGGCCAGGUAAUAGUCAUUGGCGCCACCAACAGGAUCGAUUCGAUUGAUCCUGCACUGCGCCGUCCAGGUCGCUUUGACCGUGAGCUCCUCUUCACGCUGCCCAACAAAGCGGCUCGUCGCAAGAUCCUCCAAAUACACACGGAACAAUGGCAGCCACCCCUGGACGAGCACACCAUCGACACAGUUGCCGAUCUGGCCACUGGAUACUGCGGAGCUGAUAUCAAGGCGCUGACAAGCGAGUCAGUGUUGGUGUCGCUGCGCAAGACAUACCCACAGAUCUACGAAUCGACGAACAAGCUGUUGUUGGAGAUCGACUCGAUCAAGGUCACAAAGGGCGACUUCCUCGAGGCCAUGCAGGCCAUUGUACCCAGCUCCAAGCGAUCGAUUCAAUCAUUCGCCAACCCCCUGUCGCGCACUGUGCGACCCCUGCUGGAACACGACCUCGACCAGCUGCUGCAGACCAUCUCACACAUAUUCCCCAUUGGACACUUUGCACGCGCGACCAGCAGUGGCGGCCGUCCCGAGACCACCUCCAUCGCCAACUACCAGGUCUAUCGUCCUCGUCUCCUUAUCUGUGGCGAGAAGGACCAGGCACAGGUGCAGCUGGGCAACGCGCUGCUAUAUCAUCUUGAAGAGUUCCCAGUGUUUAGCAUUGAUAUAUGCACAUUGCUGGCCGACCCCGUGGCCAAGUCAAUCGACGAGUCAUGUUGUCGAGCAUUGGCUGAGGCCAAGAAGAUAUCGCCCAGCAUCCUAUACCUACCCAACAUUGACAGGUGGUGGGGCACAUCCGAGUCGUUGCCCAACACACUAGUCACAUACAUGGCCAACAUCGAUCCCAACCAUCCACUCCUUAUACUGGCCACAAUCGAACAGACCACACUCAACAUACCCGAAGACAUUAUCAACCUAUUCUCUUGUAGAGAUGACAGCAUCUACUCUAUUCAAGCACCCAACAAAGAUGCAAUUCACAAGUUUUACCAGAACAUACUGUUGGACAUCAAGGACACGAUACAUCAAUUGAUUGCCAACAAGCGAUGCGCAUUGAAAACAACCGAAAAACUACCCAUUGUACAGAUGGUCCCAGACGAAGCAAGGGACAAAAAGAAAGACAGACAACUACGUAUAUUACUCCGAGAGAUAUUAUCCAAGAUCAUUAAUGACAGGAGAUACUACUCAUUCUUUAGGGACGUCAACAUUGAACAGUUCCCAGAAUACUACGACUUGAUCAAGAAUCCAAUGAGUAUAUCAGCGAUAUCAAAAAACUUGGAAAAUCACAAGUACUUGACAGUAUCAUCAUUCUUGAAAGAUAUUGAUCUUAUUGUUACCAAUACUAUUGAGUACUACCAAGUGCAUGAUCCCAAUGGAAUCGAUGGAACCAAAGCGACAUCAAGAGCCAAGCAACUACAAGACGAGGUCUAUGCCAUGAUGGACCAGGUCAAUCCAACCCUCAUACAGACAUGUGAGAACAUUGCUAUCAAGAGAGGAAGGAACUAUGCUGUGAUCAAUGAGGAGAGUCAUCUACAUGACACCAGUGUUGAUGAGGAAGACGACAACAACAACAACAACAACAGCAAUGUAGGUGCCAGUGGUGGUGUCACAUCUCCCGUCAAUGAUAGUAGACAUACUAUGAGGAGUGCAAGAUUGAGAGGAGAGGCAUCAGAGAUCACAAAGGAGAUGAUGGACUCUUUCAUGCGACCAGUGAGGAGAAAGAGAGUGUCAGCAGAGAACUCAACACAUCCAGACUCUACCACCGACACGGUAGAGAAUCCAAUAGUGGAUUGUGAUCAACCAACACAGACCGACAACGAGAACAUUGAGAUGGAGGAUAUGGAUGAUCAGCCAGAGACCACGACAACUACCACAACAACGACGACAUCAACGACUGACUCUGGCAAUGACAACGACGAAGAGACCCCCAUGCAGAAUGGAGUUGAUCACACUCAGGAUCACCUCAACAACAAUGGUAAACAAUCAAGUGUUGUGGACCCUCCAAACAGCAACAUUGAUGCGAUGAUGGACAACGAGAGGACCAAUGGCACGCCCCCAUUAUCAGUGGAGGACCAUGGACAACAACAGCAACAAGUUCCUUCUGAUCGCGAUCCAGACACAUUGACAAUUUCGUCAACGAUGGCUGAUGAUGAUGUGUCGCAAUUGGUAUUGGACGAGGAAUGGUUCAAGAGCGUGGACUCUGAUGAUGAGACCAACUUUAUCAACGCGAUGAUUCAGUACUCUGCUGGCAAGACGAUCGAGAACCUCAUUGCGACCCAAUCCAAGAUAUCAGAUGUAGUGCGAGAGAUCAUUGUAGCAAGAGCGAGCAACAGCAUUGCCGCUCCACAGACAUUCUAUCAAUUGAUCAUUGACAGUGUCCGUUCAAUCUUUAAGUAA